AUGUCGUGCCGCACCGCGCUCCUCACAUCGUCUCUGCCGCUAUUUCAUGUUGGUGUAUUUGCGUCGUUUACCGCCCCCGUCAACAUUGACCAGUUUCGUGAACAAGGCAUGGCAUGGCAUAACAUGGCAAUGGUUCCGUGCCGCGUUGGCCACUUGGGACCGCCUGACACGAGUAAUCAUAAUGGCAGCCGAAGAUAUGGCCGAGCUCGCGAUAUGGAGACACAACCUAACACCAGGAUACCGGACACCAGCUUGCCAUUUGGUGGUGAGGGCUUGGUAAGGCUGGUACGGCCGCCCGGCGCCGCUUUCAACCCCAUGUCCGAAUGCGGCAAUCAGCUAGAUGCUCUUUCGGACACAGAGAAGCCAGCGACGGCAUAG